ACCCUGAAAUAUAAAUAUUUCCAGAUCAGAAAACAGUACUUAUUGGAUUUAGUGACAGCAGUGGUUGCUUCCUAAACGGCAUUGUUACUCAAUCAACUCUUAAGUUUAAUUAGGCUGUCCUUUAGGUCAGACCGUCCAACAACCUAGCAGAAGUCAAGUUUUUUGCCUCAAUUUUUUGCAGUACGACUUCAUUUCGUCUUGUUGUCUCGUGAGAUACCAAAUCACGAACUGAGUAUACCAUUGAAUUUGAAAAUUAGAAAACAUAAUAAAUUCAGCUUCGGCGUGAAUAACGAGUGAAAUACGUUGGAGGUGCCACUCCUGUUGGAAUAGUACGGCAUAACGGCAACGACUGCAGGAGCUACGGUGUAGCUGCAAGUGCUGCAUUAGGUGAUCAGUGUAGCUGCAACGGCUGCAGGAGGUGUUCAGUGUAGCUGCAACGGCUGCAGGAGGUGAUCAGUGUAGCUGCAACGGCUGCAGGAGGUGAUCAGUGUAGCUGCGAAGGCUGCAGGUGUCCGGUGUAGCUACGAAGGCUGCAGGAGGCGUCCAGUGUUGCUGCGAAGGCUGCAAGUGUCCGGUGUAGCUGCAGCAGCGACUGCCGCGCGCAACUGCCUGGUCGCUGUUGGCUCUGCGUUAGACGCGGUGUGACCGUUUGCAUCGGAGGAGUGCGUUGCGGUAACCAGGCCGGCGGAUGACAGGAUUUCUGGCGAUCGUAGCGUUGUUAGAAAAAACAUACCGUGCAUGUCGUUGCACGAGAGUGUUAGGACAUCAACUGUUGGUGUUGUUUAGUGCUUGGUUGGAAAACAGAGAGUUUUAAAGGGUGUUCGAUUGAAGAUAGUACUGUUUGAAAAGUGCUAGUUAGGACAUACUACUGUUCGUGCUGUGAAUACUAGUAGGUUUUUGCGAAAGUUUCUUUCUACUGAUUUAAACCCACACAAAAACUUUCUUCUUUUUAAAGUGCUCGGAGUGUCGCUCAACUUGGAAAAUUGUCGAAAUAAAUACCAGUGGAAACUUAUUUUGUGUGACCUCCAACAGAGAGAAAUCUGCUUCUGCUCGACUAGUGCUUUUUUUGUCGUUUAACAUAGAAUUUUUUGCGUAAUUUGUAGAACUUACUUACCGGAUCUCCGACCUUUACCACGAUUCAAGUUACGUGCGUCAAACGAAUCGAACAACGUAUAAAACUGAUCAAGACAAGACACAAAAUCGCGCAACUCCCUCUAGUCGCGUUUCCUCUUCUUGUAGUGUGGUGAAAGGUGUCAUCCAUCACCUGCUCUUGAAUCACUUGCGCCCAGAUACCUCAACCAAUCAUGGAUUCCUACGACUCAGAUUCGCACAUUUUCCAGAUCAUCACUAAGUUUGAUCGUCAUGGGUACACCUACACUUUCCCAGAAGACGACCAUAUCAAACACUACAACAUGAGUGACACGCCUAGACAAGAAAACGGGCUCUACACCACCGGCUAUAACUGCUCGUAUCCUUAUAUAUUUUCCUUCGAGGAGAACUUCGAUACGUACUACUACGUAAACCUGGUAGGCACCUACAAAUGGAUGGCCAAGUACUUCAUGCUGCUGUACCUCGGCGGCAUUUAUUUCCUGAAGAAGUACAUGAAGAAUCGACCUCGGUAUGAACUGCAGGUGCCUCUCGUCAUUUGGAACUUAGGUCUCGCCACCCUCAGUCUAUGGGGAGGCAUCAGGGCGUUGCAGGAGCUGUCGCAACUCAUCAUGCAGUUCGGCUUCAAAUUCAGCAUGUGCUUCGCCGGCAAAGCUUUCCUUGACAACCGCGUCGGGGGCUUCUGGAACUGGAUGUUCACCCUGAGCAAGGUGCCUGAGUUGGGUGACACCGUCUUCAUCGUCCUGCGCAAGCAACCGCUGAUCUUCCUGCACUGGUACCACCACGUGACCGUGCUGCUCUACGCCUGGUACUCAUACUCCGACUACAUUGCCACUGCCCGCUGGUUCGUGUGCAUGAACUACUUGGUACAUAGUGUCAUGUACAGUUACUAUGCGCUGAAGGCCCUCAAGUUCAAGGUGUCGCGAUACGUUGCCAUGUUCAUCACGACUGCCCAACUUGCUCAAAUGAUCAUGGGUGCCGCUGUCAACAUCUGGGCCUACCAAGUCAAGCAAGCUGGCAACGAAUGCCACGUGUCCUAUGAGAACAUCAAGAUCUCGCUCAUUAUGUACACUUCAUACUUCGUACUCUUCGCCCACUUCUUCCGCCGUGCCUACAUGAAGAAACCCGUGACGACCGACCAAAAGCCCAUCACGAACGGCGUAUCGAAUGGCGCCUAUCACUACGACAAGAGUAAAAAGGGCAAGUUUGAAUAAUGAGCUGUAUCGUCUAUUUCAUAGACUAUAUACUUACGACAUCCUGCUUUUUUACAAAAUAACAAAGCGUCUUAUUAUUUUGUAGUGUAGGCACAAGAAUAGCUAAAUUGGCGGCAGGAAAGCCUGUUCUUAUUCUGUGGCACGGAAUCACUGUUGAGCUUGAAUUAAUUGGCUAUGUAUCAUUGCUUCUCUAAGUUACGGCUCGAAACUAUAGCCAUGACAGAAAGUUAUUGAAGUAUUGCUCCAAUGUCGGUGCUGUGAAUCAUUGGAUAACGCAAGCUUGUUUGCAAUAUAUAAUUGUAUCUUACGCUCUUAUUAAUCUUGUUCUCCAAAAUAUUGUGUUAGGGAGAUGAUGAAAUCUAGGAUAUUUGUUAUGCGCAGGAUAUUAAACAAAAUUUUUAUUGAGAGUAGAGCUGACUAGAGCCACAUUCUGGAAUGUGGCUUAUAGCAUGAAUGUAGGAUUUGGUAGGUGAAUAACUGGCUUCUAGCCAUUAUUACGGAUAAUAUUUACCUACUGCAUAUAUACAUAGCAGGCAGUCUCUAACUUUGUGCGUGUCAAUAGUUUAAAUUUUAUUCAUUAGAGAUGCGGGGAAGUAAGACUACGUUCAACAACGUCUUGUACCAGUAAAGUAAUUACAAAUAGUUAUUUACAAUUUACACAUCACCACAGAGGUUGAUGCAGAGCCACUCGGGCGAAUACAAUGCUAUGAAGUCUUUUCCAAUUGAUCACUGCCAUGUCUGAAACUUUUGGAUUUUGUGACCCUUGCGGUUGGCACUCAUUGUUUCGUCCAUCAAAACGGGUCCAGGAUGUACACGUCAUCUCGAUUCCUUGAACGGUGUAACUUCCCUUUAAAUGCAAUAAUUGUCGUUCACUUCAGGCUUGUUUUAAUAUCAGAUCAGGUCUGAUAUAUCUGCUGAUUCUUCUAAUGAUAACUCCUCAACAAUAGUAGGUCCAUGGUUAUAAGAUUGUUUUCUGGAUUAUUUAGCGAGAUGAAGAGGUUCAGAUGUUACGACUAAUUAUGUUCUGUUAUAUAGCUUUUAAUUAGUGAGCUCUUUGCUAUAAAUGGUUACUGGAAAUGGGGUUAGGGUAACGGGUGAUAUAUUCCAUUUAUGUCUUAUUUGAACGAGAGGUUGUAUUUAUUCACUCAAUCUCGGGAACAAUCUACGUUGUUGUAAAAUUUACAUAAGGAGUGACUAUGUUGAAUGGCGCUUUCGUUCAUCUAUAACGAAGGAAGCCUGUAUGCUACCUACGCUGAUAUGCUCGUGAUGUAAGGAUUAUAUUGUGGAUUUUUCUUGUGGCACUGUCACAAAUUUCAAUACACUGCUACUUCUUGCAGGUCGUUCUUGGCUGAGAUCACCAAAUUUUCAACCAAUUAUAAGUUGAAUCAGGCGUAGCUAAUGUGCCAUCGAAAAUUUUACGGACACUAUUAUAAUUGUUUUAGCAUAUGCGUUCUUUAGUGUAAUUUUCUUGGUUGUGUGCUUAUGUCUGUCAUUUUCACAUUCCUUCACUGGCGCAUUCCCUCCUUCCACAAAGAGUCAGUUUGCAAGCCCGUUUGACGAGCAAAAUGUAGCCAAAUUAUAGAUAGAUACUAGCAUACUUGUUGUUGAAGAAGUAAAGUACUCAACAUUUCACGCUCUUGAGCAUAGUGGCUGCUAAUAUGCAUACGGUUCGUCACUCUGGAAAGUAAUUUACUUUCAACGAAGCACCUUAUGACUGAAUGUGAUAUUUCUGCGUGAAAUUCCUUUUUAACUUCUAGUUUGUGAUUACCACCUUCGUCACUGGAAUGGUGUACUUAUCACCAGAAAAACUCGAUGUGUUUUCUUCACUGAACAUGAUUCGUGAUUUGCAGCUGUCUGUAUUAUUGUUAGCGUUUCUGUUUCAUCUGACUGAUGUUGUUCCAUUAUCUGUGGAUCUUCGUGCCUAUAUUUUCUUUCUACAUACAUUGUUUCAUAUAACUGCAUGUAUGGACUGGUUUGAUUUUUGUAUUCACUUUUUGUAUUGCCUCGAGUAAUUUGACAGGUCUCAUUUGGGACCAUUUAAUAAGAUUCAUUGAUUUUCCGAAUACUUGCAACGGUUAUUAUAAUUGAAGCGUCAGCAUAAAUUGGUCGAUGCUGUUACCAAGCAUGAACGUCCAUAUUGCGCAGCAAUAUGUACAAAAGGCCACUCUUGACGUUUCAGUUCAUCAACAAAUAACUCAAUUCAUAUGACGCUCAUGCAGUUUUCAAGGAAGAUGCAAAGACAUUUCUAUAUAUUCAUAAUUCCGUUAGUUUUGUUCUUUUCGGUAGUGGAUUGUUAAGUAUCUUGAAGCAAGCAUAUAUUGUGAUAAGUCACUGAUAACUAUACAAGUUGAUACAAGAUACAUUAGGAUACAAGAUAUUCAACAUUCUUUGUUUGUUAUUGUAACAUCCCAAUAUAGGAUUGGAAGCACAUUUUUCAAAAGAAAAUUAAUUUUGGAUAAAAGUUGAAGUGACAACAUCCAUAUUAUUCUGUUCACAAUAAAUUUCUGCUGAUGUA